AUGGAUUACUACACGGCCUACGGCUCCAACAGCCGAGGACCGGUCCAUGCUCAAGAUGAAGACCCCGUCCUGAGAGGAGUCAAAAUCCCGUUGACUACUGGGGUAAGUUGAAGGAUAAUAAGAUGAAAUGAUGUGAAAUAGGAACUAUGUUGUAGUGUGCAACUGUUGAAAUCACUAGAAAAAUGUUUACAGCUUAAUUUUUGAUAUUAUUCAUGUGUUCUAUUUUUAGGAGGUGGUGGUCAUGAAUGAAGAUAACUUGGAGGAUUCUCGACAAGUUGUUGAACUCCUACGUUCCAACCGAGUCAAACUCAGUGUCUGGGUCAACCUGGCAGUAAGUUUUUGACAUACCGCUUUCUUUUCUAACUUUAGGCGUUAAAUUUGGUGUCUGUGCCAUGGAUAACGUAAAAUAUUCCUUUUCAAUUCGAUUACCAAAUCCUCAAAUUUCAGUUGCUCUACUACCGCAAAGGCCGCUACAAUGACUUCACCUAUCUUUUGAAUCCAGAAACCCAGAAAGGAGCUUUCACAGAUUAUCAAUCGAAUGAAAGAGAUCAGAUGAGAUCUUUGGAUAUGAUGGCCGCGUAUUAUGUUCAAAAAGGAUCGCAGGAGAAGUCAAUCGAAGCCAGAAAGCAGUGGUUCUUGGAGGCUACAGUUUUGUACUCAGCGGCUGACAAGAUUAUUAUGUACGAUCAGAAUCAUUUAUUGGGAAGAGCGUAUUUCUGCUUAUUGGAAGGUAAAUUAUAAUACGUUUUUGUAUUUUUCUAAUUUUUAGGUUAUAUUGAACCAUAAUGAUCCUCUUAACUUAAUUUUAUCUGAUUUGCGACCAAUUUUUAUAUUGCACUACCUAUUUUAGGUAACAAGACCGAACAAGCUGAAGUGCAAUUUAAAUUCGUCCUCAAUGAUGAUCAACGAGGCGGAUUGGCUCCGGCCACAGAUGAAACACUUACAAUUCCAGCCAUGAUGGGUCAGGCUUGCAUUAUGUACAUGAGAAAGGAGUUCAAAUUAGCUCUCCAAAUCUACAAAAAGUGCCUUCAAAUGAAUCCGAAUUGUCCGGCAAGUGUCCGAUUGGGAAUUGGCUAUUGUCUGGCCAAGCUGGGAAAAACUGACAAGGCAAAGUAAGCUAUUUUUUAAAAUAAAAUUGACCAAACCGCCAUGUGUAACAUAAAAGUUUAUUGUAUUUGUUCAGAAUCGCCUUCACCCGAGCUCUCCAACUUGAACCGAGCAAUGUGGAUGCUGCUGCUUCUUUGGCGGUCCUUCAGAUGACCCAUUCGAAUGACGGGAGUGAAAUGAGACAAGGAAUUCAGAGCUUGGCCCAGCUCUAUAAAACGGCGAAGGACCAUCCCUUGAUCCUCAAUCAUUUGGCCAAUCACUUUUUUAUUAAAAGUGUAAGUAGUUUUUAUGUGUUUUUGUUUGGAUUUUAGGUUCCGGAAGUGCUCAAAUCUCCGUCAAUUAUAUUACACUGGACAGACCUUUGCUAAAAUUGAAUUUUUUAGCAAUUGGAUGAGACAACAGACAAGGAGAGUCUUUUGAUGAAGGCCAAACGUCUCCUCGACUAUGCUGUUACAGUAUCCAAGAAUGAGCAGAUGUUAUCGGAGAGUAAUUUCCAUCUGGGUCGGUAUUUCCAUGCCCAAGGCAAAAUUCAUGAUGCCCAUCGGGUAGGGUAAUAGGCCGAUUUGAUGGUCCUUUUCAGCAUUAUUCAUUGGCUGCCCAGCAAGCCGGUCCCAAGUUCAAAUUGCCCUCCUUUGGCUAUGGACAAACCAAUAUUCUCCUCAAGGAGUAUGAUAAGGUAAAGUUAUAUGGUUUUAUUAUUUAUUGUUGGUUUUUAGGCGAUUGAAGAGUUCGAGAAGGUCUUGAAGGCAUAUCCAGACAAUUCAGAUGUCCUCAAAAUUCUCGGCGCGCUUUAUGCGAGACAAUCCGAGAAGGAUAAUUUACCGCAGGAAAUCGUUGAAGAACGUCGAAGAAAAGCCCGGGAAUACCUACAAAAGGCGGCCAAAAAUAACCCGGAUGAUCUGGAAAUCCUCAUCGAUCUUGCUGUUCUCCUCCAACGGUUCGAUGUAAAAGAAGCCAUCAACACGUACAACAAAAUCAUCGAACAAUUCAAAGCCCAUGACUCCCCGGUCCCACCGGAGAUUGAAAAUAACAUGGGAGUACUCUACUUUAUCUCCAAGAAAUUCGACAAGGCUAGGGUAGGCGUUUGGAUUAAAUUUUGGAUGAUUUUUAGAGAAUAUUUCCUAGUGUAAUAUAACUGAUGUUAAUUUUUUAUAUUUUUAGGAGUGUUUCAUUGCAUGUCGUGAGAUCCUGGUGUCCGCAGACAAGUUUGAUGCAAAAUUGAAGGGAUCCAUUGUAACGGUGACGUAUAAUUUGGCCAGAUGUGAUGAGAAAUUGUCCAAAUUUGGGGAAGCCGAGAGAAUUUACAAGGGAAUUUUGAAGAAACGACCCAGUUAUAUGGAUGGUAAGAGUUUUUAUUUGUGUUUUUUUGAAUUUUUAGACUGGCAGAAUUAUUUUUUCGUAUUUUAGCCAUGUUCCGACUGGGCUGCAUCUAUUACAAGCGAGGAAAUAACAACCUGGCCAUCAACUCGUUCAAAGAAGUCAUGGCGGCCGACCCGAAGAACGUGGACUCGUGGCUGAUGUGGGGCCAAAUCCUCUUCGAUCAGGGCCAAUUGGACCAGGCCAGGAAGAAGUUCGAACAUGUUUUGACUUCCGCGAAAACCCCGGACCCCGUGGCCCUGGUGAUGACUGGAAAUGUGUAUGUAAAACACUUGAUGAAGAUUGAUCGCAAUCGAAAAGACGAUGAGACACAGCGAGAUCGAGCCCUAAGGCUGUACCAUAAAGCCCUGAGGGUAAAUCCGAAAAAUGUGUACGCAAUGCACGGUGCGGGAAUUUUGUUCGCCCAAAAAGGUGAUCUGAAUACGGCCAGAGAGUUCUUUGGCCCAGUGAAGGAAAGAAUCAGCGAUUAUCCGGAUGUCUGGAUCAAUACAGCCAAUGUUCAGGUAGAAUUUUGAAUUUUGGGAGGCCUUUUUAUAUUAUAGUAGGUAUAAAGUAACAUAAAAUUUUAGUUGGACAGCAGCAACUACCAAAGCGCCAUCCAGAUGUAUAUUACGGUGAUUCGCAGGUUUAAUCGAAGAAAAAACCCGGAUCUCCUCACGAAUAUUGCACAUGCCUACUAUAAGUUGGGAAAGUUUGAAUCGGCCCUGGAUUACCUGGACCGAGCUCUCUUAAUUCAGCCGACAAACCUCAUCCACAGAUUCAAUUAUGGCCUGACGACACUCAAGUCGUGCUCAGCGAUCCUUAACAGUCAACAAGCAACAGAAUCGAAGGUUAAACAAGCGGUUGACCGAUUGAAUGCGGUGGCCAAAGCCCUCAGGCAAAUUCAGAAUAUGCCUCCGGAGAAAGUUCAGCCAUACAGGUAUAUAAGCCGAACGGUUUGUGGAGAAAUUGCCGAAAAAUGCGAGGAUCUUCAUCGACAAGCUGAUGUGUUCAUUGGAAGGGCAAGGGUAAGGAGAUUUUUAUAUUGCUUUUUUUAGAUUUCUCCGCGGAGAUUCCGCCGAUUUUCAUGAAAUUUAGAUUUUUGUGGAGCUGAGAUGCGCCAUUGUCAACCGGUUGAUUUUGAAAAAAAAAAUAUCCUGAACUGACCUUUCUAUGCCGUCCCAAAGUUUUUGAAAAUUAUUUUCGAGCCGAAACCGCUAAAACUUGGAAAAUUUUUGGAAUGAUUUUGAAAACUUGGUCAUUUCUUCGGGUUUUUGGUUGAAAUCUUACACGUUUUUCGCCACGGAUGUCUAGCACGACGUGUAAUAUUCAAAUAUCAUCACACAAAAAUGCAAAAAAGAAAUCAUUUAUAAAUCGCCAUGUCUCCAGCUGGCUGCUAUAGCAAUACCGAAAAAGCUCGCCUUACCCUGUUAUACGAAUCGUGUGGAUGUGAUUAUAAAACAUUCACAACUCGCUGUCGUCGUGAGCAACAAAAUGGUCGGGCAAGUGUGCCGAGUUUGGCCACAAUUAAAAAAUGGAGGACUUCCCUUCUUUCUACAGGUUCUGUCGUUAGUCAACGUGGAAAAGUAAGUCAAGGCUCAAGUUAGAGAUGUUGCGGAUGAGAUUCGAGACGAUCGGGAUCUGCGACUUGAGGUGCACAAGACUUUCAAAGGCGUCUGCAAGUCUGUGCUGCAAGAGGAGGUGGACACGGCGAACUCAGAUAGAAAUAAUAAUAGUCAAAUUGUUAAUUAAAUUAGUUUUUACAACAGUAUUUUGCAAAUAUAUGAGGCAAAACGAGUAAGAUUUCACCCAAAACCCCGAAAAAAUGACCAAGUUUUCAAAAUCAUUCCAAAAAUUUGCUGUUUUAGCGGUUUCGUCUCGAAAAUAAUUUUCAAAAACUUUGGAAAUGCAUAGAAAGGUCAAUUCAGUAUAUUUUUUUUUUCAAAUUCAGCUGGUUGAAAAUGGUGCAUCUCAGCUCCAGAAAAAUCAAAAUUUCAUGAAAAUCGGCGGAAUCUCCGCGGAGAAAUCUAAAAAAGAGGCGGAAGGUUUUAGUGGCCCACCCUGUAGAUUAUGGGCCAAGUGUAAUAUAAAUUUUUAUUGAGAUUUGUGUUUAAAGGUACAUUUUCUUGCUUGAUAAAUCAAACAGAUUGGAUUUUUAAGGGAUUAGAGAAGCACAGAGUGUAAAAUUAUAUUUACUAGAUGACCCUAGUAUAAUAUAAUUUAUGUCCAAAAUAGUAUUGAAUUAUUUUCAGAAGCGAGAUAUCGAAGAAUUGGAAAGAAUCCGUGACAAUGAAGUCGAACGCCGCAGAGUUAUCAACGAACAAAAGAGAGCGGCCAAACACAAGGAAGAAGAAGAGACGCUGAAGUUGGAAAAACUGAAGCUACACAGAACCUUCUACAUCCAGAAGAACAAGGAAGCCCUCAAGAAGAGAGAAAUCGAAGAGGAUCGACCGAAAAGAGCCGGAGGCGGAAGCCGAAAGAGAAAGCGACCGAAACAAGAAGAUGACUUUGUUAAUGACUCGGAUGACGAUGGAAGAGAUCCCAUGGAAAGACAGGAGGAAAAGAGACGGAAUGCGCAGAAGGUAGGGGAGUUUUGAAUUAUUUAUCUGGUUUUUAGGCAUCUCGACGAAACAAAAAGAAGGAUCAGGCCUUCAUUAAUGAUGGAAGUUCGGAUGAAGAGGGCAAAAAGAAGCGAAGAAAGAAGAAGACGAACGAAGAAAUUGAAGAGGAAGAUCAAAGGAAGUUUAAAGGAAAGGUCAAGUCUAAAGCCAUCAUUGAAUCGGAGAGCAGUUCGAGCGACUCGGAUGCCCCGGCAGAUCAACAUGAUGUACCUACCAUCAGAAAUCGAGACAUUGAUAGCGGAGACUCGGAUGCCGAAUCCGUCAAGAAGGCGGCCAGCUCAGGAUCAGAGAGUGAGACUGCUUCACCGCCGAAGAAAAGAAUUCUCACGGAUUCGGACGACAGCGACGCAAAUGAAGGCAAUAAAUCCAGAGCCAAGAUUGAAUCAGAUGACGACUCGGAUUAG